AUGAGUUUUCAAUGGACUUUUCUCGCCACAUUUCUCUAUUGUGAAAUAAUUGUGGUUAUUAUUCUACUUUUACCAUUUAUUUCACCGACUAUUUGGAACAAAUUUUUCAAGUCAAGACUUGCUAAAGCAUUUAGAGCAGGAGCUAAAUAUUAUUUUAAUUUCAUUAUUUGUAUUUUUGGUUUACUUUUUCUCGAUGCAAUUCGUGAACUUCGUAAAUAUUCGAUUGUUGAUGCUAACAAUUUAACAACGCCACACGCUGAAACUCAGGCACAUAUGAAACAAUUUCAUUCACAAAGAAAUUUUUAUAUUGCCGGUUUUGCUCUUUUUCUUUGGUUUGUUAUUAAACGUUUAAUAAAUCUAUUAGUGGAAUGCGCUGGUGAAACGGCUGCAGCAACUGAAGCUCAUAAACAAGCUGAAGGUGCAACUCGUCAUUUAGAAGGAGUUAUGGCUAACGACCCAACAAAAAUUGAUCCACGAGAAAUUAUAGCAUCACCAGGUAAUCCACCGCGAUAUGUUGAUUCAAUAGAACAUGAUUUUGAAAUUAAAAAAUAUAAGCAAGAAAUAAUUAAGACAAAAGAAGAUAUUGAUACGUUACGCGAAGACUAUGACAAUUCUCUAAAAAAAUACAAGAAACUUGAAGAAGAACAUCGAAAAUUACAAAUUCAACUAGCCAUGUUAGCUGAUGAUGAAUCAUCAAAAGACAAAUAA